GCAUGCGAACAGGAAGCAGCGCGAUCCCGCGAAUACAGAGGCGCUGGGCGAGCGGAUCAUUACGCCGUUACGCUUCUUUUUAAUCGUUCAAGUGUCCUCGUGCGAAAUAACGAAAGCUAAAGGAAUAAUUCGAUAAAGUAGGUCGAGAAGCGAACCACAUCUUCUGCGUGUUCGUUUUUAAACACCCGUUUUUUGCGCUCGGCCGUUUUUUUAACAGAAGGGCGUGUGGUUUUCCGGAGAAGGAGCUGGUGCAUGUUGAAUAUCGUUUUUUGUAUUUGACUGAUAUCGGAACGUCGCAAGGAUGGGCUGUACGUUAAGCACUGAGGAUAAAGCGGCGGUGGAGAGGAGUAAAAUGAUCGACAGAAACCUGAGAGAUGACGGAGAAAAAGCGGCAAGAGAGGUCAAACUACUGCUGCUCGGUGCUGGGGAGUCUGGGAAAAGUACAAUAGUCAAACAAAUGAAAAUCAUCCAUGAGGCGGGGUACUCGGAGGAAGAGUGCAAACAGUACAAAGCUGUGGUCUACAGCAACACUAUCCAGUCUAUCAUCGCCAUCAUAAGGGCCAUGGGCCGACUUAAGAUCGACUUUGGCGAUGCGGCGCGAGCGGAUGAUGCGAGACAGUUGUUUGUCUUGGCGGGCAGUGCCGAGGAGGGUUUUAUGACGGCAGAGCUGGCUGGAGUGAUAAAGCGUUUGUGGAAAGAUGGAGGAGUACAAGCCUGCUUCAGCCGAUCCAGAGAGUACCAGCUCAACGACUCAGCUGCAUACUACCUGAAUGAUUUGGACCGAAUAUCGCAGGCCACCUAUAUACCCACUCAACAGGAUGUGCUGCGAACCAGAGUCAAAACCACAGGCAUCGUGGAGACGCAUUUCACAUUCAAAGACCUGCAUUUCAAGAUGUUUGAUGUUGGGGGUCAAAGGUCAGAGCGAAAGAAAUGGAUCCACUGUUUCGAAGGCGUGACUGCCAUUAUCUUCUGCGUGGCACUGAGCGACUAUGACCUGGUUCUGGCUGAAGAUGAGGAGAUGAACCGUAUGCAUGAGAGCAUGAAGCUGUUCGACAGCAUCUGUAACAACAAAUGGUUCACGGACACCUCUAUCAUCCUGUUCCUGAAUAAGAAGGAUCUGUUUGAGGAGAAGAUCAAGAAGAGUCCGCUUACCAUCUGCUACCCAGAAUACGCAGGGUCAAAUACGUACGAGGAGGCAGCCGCCUACAUUCAGUGUCAGUUCGAGGAUCUGAACAAGCGGAAAGACACCAAGGAGAUCUACACCCACUUCACCUGCGCCACUGACACCAAGAACGUUCAGUUCGUGUUCGACGCAGUAACUGACGUCAUCAUCAAAAACAAUCUAAAGGACUGCGGACUGUUCUAGGAGCUGGCCUGUAUCUGGAAUCGAUGCCAGUUUUGAUGUGCAUUUUUUGGAGAAACAAGACUAAGUAUGGAGAAAAUUGGUCCUGGACCAGUGCUGUACAUUACGCCACUUUUGUCAGCUUUAUUUAUGGUUUUUCGUCUUUGGAAAUUUUAAAAAGUAGCAUUCAAAAAUGAAUUGUGUCGAAUAUACGUACCGUCGUUGCUGUCACGGCCAUGUUGUUUUAUUUUCCCCCUGAUGCAAGUUUGUUUGUUUUUAACGAGGGAUUUCUUUUAUUUUUUCGCAUCGGAGACGUCUCCUCAACUUGUAUUGUUACAUAAUUUUUGCGGUUGUUGCUACGGGAGAGAGGAAGAUUGUGCUACUCAGUCCGGUUUGUUGAUUCUCGUGCCUUCGCAUGCGUUUCUGCAGUGUUUGUCCAUUUGCUUGGGUUUGCCUGCUGAAUAUCUUUCCGACGUCAAAAAAAUGUCAAGUUUCAUGCUGGAUGUUACUAAUCUCCCAGAGAGCACAAAUCCUCAUAGGCAUAGAACGUGAGCGUGUGUAAAUGAGAGAAUGCGUCUAUCUGUCGUUUGCGUAUGUGUUUAUAGAUAAUAGGCCGGCGUAGAGAAAGCUAAUGGUUAAUACGGUGAGGGUUGGGCCAAACCACCAGGUCUCCAUGGCAACUAGAGAUGAAGACGAGUACUUUUCAGCUGUCAGACGCCGAGACAUUCCGCAUGCAGGACAUGGAAUCCGUCGCUAAAGCACCUGUCAUCAAACGCUGGCCGCCAUUUUAACGGCUUACCGCUCAGAAAAUGACACGUUGUUGAGGAAUGUCAUUGACGAGAUGUAUGGACUGGGAAAGGUUUCGUAAUUUUACAGAGAAACAAUACGGAAAUAUCUGCAAACAGACGUUAAAGGCGAUGCUGUUGAUUGAUUAUAAGAAAAACUGCCACCUCUGUCUGUCUGUUCUCCAUAUUGGGGGAACAUUUGUACACUCAUUUCCCUUAUUUUGCUAAUAAAAAGCAUUUACUUCCUGA